UUUUGCGCAACAAUGAAUUAUGACGAUGCAGCACAGCAACAACAACAACAUUUUUAUAUGCAACAAAGGAUGAGAUCACAGCAACAACAUCAACGAAUGCCACUUUCAAUGGCUGCAAAUCAGCCAGGAGGCCAACAACAACCGCAACAUCCCCAACAACAAAUUAGACAAUCUUUUAAUAUGGUUCAUCAACCGCAACAUGUAAUGGUUCGAAUGCAGGGUAUGGGAGGUGAUGAUCCUAAUGGACAACAACAGCAUUAUCAGCAUUUUAAUUAUAGAGAUUUGUUCCAUAAUCUCCCACCAAGUAUGCAGAACCAGAUUAUGAGUGAAACUAAUCAAGAACGUAAAAAACUAUUACUUCACGAAGCGGUUAAACAACAGCAACAUUUAUUUGAACAACAAAUGCAACAACAAGGAGGAAUGGGAGUGCGAAUGCCUAUGAAUGUUGUUCAAUCUCAACGCUUGCCAAUUACGCAAGCAGGAGGAGCGGUUUAUUCUGGUCAACAAGUUGUGAUGCAACAACCAGGGCACAUUCAACGAAUAGCUAGCCAAGGAUCUUUUGGUCAAUCACCAGGACAACCUUCACAAAUGUAUAUGCCUACAACAAUGGGGGGACAAACAGUUCGUGGGGGUGCUGCUAUGCAUCCAAUGCCUAUUAAUCAGCCUUAUUUACAGCAACAAUUUCAACAUCAAUCUCAGCAACAAUCAGCAGCCCAUCAAAUGCAAAGAGGACAACAUAUUCCUGUAGCUCCAGUAAUUUCUUCACAACAACACAAUCAAAUAACUCCUUCCAAUUCGGUUGAAUCAAAUGUUGGAGGAUUUGGAAUUCAAAGCGGGAAGACUUCUCAGCAGCUUAUUCAACAUCUUGAUCCUGGGAGUCAUCCAUCCAUAAAAUCAGAAGAUCAAUCUCCAAAUCCUGUAGUAGUCGAUAAUUUGACUGGAGCUCGUUUACAAAACACUCUUGAUCAUCAGCUGCCGCGUUCAGCAGGAACCCCACUUUCCGUAAAUUCCCAACAACAACAAACUGAAGCUGAACAUCCUGAAUAUAAAAGACUUUUAUCUGAAUUGUGUAAACACAAAAAAGAUGUAAAGCGUUUAUUAGAACGUUUAAAUAUUGAUAAACCUGGAGAGAUGAAGCUAAAAUCUUCUUUAACCAAUGUAAUUCAGGUGAUGGAAGGAACACGAAAAGGAGGCCCGGUAACUCGAGAUUUAUUAAAGAAGCUUCUUGCAAAUGUACAAACAGUAAAAGAACAAUACGAUAUUGCUCGACAUUUUUUGGUUGCAGCAAGAAAAUUGAAAGCUGCGCAAGCAGGUGGACGUGAAAUGCCAAAAGAACCUUUAUUUUUGGAUCCUUGGAAGGAUGUCAGACAUUUACAGAUAAAAAUUCCUGAAGAAGUUUUGGCAAAAAAGAAGAAAAGUGAAGCGCCAAAGAAGAGAGGAAUUGAUGUUAAAAAAGAAGAUGUUGGUGAGGUUCCAGUAAAGCGUGGAUUGCUUGAAUCUAUGGCAGAAUCCUUCUCAACUCCCGAAAAACCUGCUGGGGAAAUUUAUAAAAUAAAAUGUAUUGAUGGAUCUGAAUUUGCGCUUAAUUCGAAGCUUUCUUCAGCUUUAGGAAAGGCUUUACAGCAAGGAUUUGUUUUUGAUUUUGAUUCGAAUCAUUUGCCAAUUUCAACCAAAUGUCCAGCUUUGUAUGUUAAGUUUUCUCGAAACGAUGAUAAAAAGUUUCAAACUAUUCCUUCUUCAACAACACUUUUUCUACUUUUACCUACAAAUUAUCCAGAAUCUCAAAUUAAAAUUUUGACGAAAUCGGAAGGAUCAACUACAAUGGAUAUAUUUCUUGAAAAAUUGGAUUCAAACCUAGUCAAUACAAAUUCUUUGGAUAGUGUGCUUGCUGCUUGGAACAGUUGUUUUUAAAUUAAUUUUUUACUAAUAAUUAUAGUAUUCUUAUUUCUAAACAUUUCGGAAUUAUUUACAGCUAAUUUUAAUUAGUUUCCAUAAGGUGUUGUCUUUGGUGUAGUUGGAAAUUGUUGGGUUCCCCCUUAUAAGGGACCUGGGUUCGAGUCCCUUUGAAGGUAAACAAUUUUUAUUUUUCAAUAGAGCGAAUUUUAUGGGUCCUAAUAAGUUGUCUCCUUGGUGUAGUUGGAAAUUGUUGAGUUCCACCUUAUUGAGGUCAUGGGUUCGAGUCCUGUUGACUGUAAACCUUUUUAUAUUAUUCAAAAAUUGAUUGUAUUUCUUUAUCUUUAUUUUACAAAAUUUUUAAAAAUAUUUUUGUACUAUUUAUAUACUAUAAUUUUUAUAUUCUAUUUU